UCGUGGUUGGACGUGCCUUUAAUUACCAGCUCUACGUGAAGAACAGCCUUGUUUGUUACACACCAUUGUUAAUUAGUGUGAAGUGUAAAAUGCUGACUGAGACUAUUAGUAGUGAUUAGUGCAAAAGUGGUUACGUGGUGUGACGGCGUGAAUAAAAAGUUAUUUUUUGGAGCGAAAACAAGAUUAAUCACAACUAAAUCUCACACACUCUCUUACUUCUGCUUAUGGCAGUCCACUGGUGGACAUAAGCCUUCCGAGGAGUGCCGCUAACCAUUUCCCGGUUUUUUUCAUUCAGCCCUGCCAGUUAUCUCCUUGACCCACAUUUGAACUUGAAAAAAGUCAUAACUUAAAUACUAAAAACAGAGCUCAAAUGAGUGCCGAAUAAAAUGGAAGAUUCAUGAUGGGCCCAUAGCAUAAUUAUCUUUAUACCAUACACUAAUUAGGUAAUUGAUCCAAAUUUUUGGACUGCAAAACAAAAGAAAGUAUCACGUCUUCGAAAGAGAGAACCAAUAUUCGAGAUAGAUGAUGUUAUACCAGCAUCGGAACUGCAAGUAGAAAUCGAACUGUAGCCAAACAAAAAACGCCACAAUGCCGUCAGCAUUAGACCCAGGGCCGUUCAGCCAGCCCGAGUGGAGUGACUCCAGCGACUCAGUAGAACCAGCACCGCUGCCUCAGCUGGGGUACUUUGUGCCGGUCAGAUGCGCCUGCGACCGAGGGACGAGACACGUGUGCCGGAGAAGCAGAAGAGAAUCUCCCCGAUCCCGUCGCUCGGUCUCGCAAUGCUCCUGCAACAGCAUCUCCCGGCGGUCUUCGGUAGCAGCGUCGCCGAUGCCGCUACCGCCCCUCAACAACACCGUCGAAAUGUACGUGGAACCCGUCGUCGAAGAUACAGCCGAACGCAGCGCUGGCUGGGAAACGCACAGGGUACGCCUGAACAGGGUGCCAGGGUACGGUUUCGGGAUCGCCGUGUCUGGUGGGAGGGACAACCCCCACUUCGCCAGCGGUGACCCGUCGAUAGCCGUGUCUGAUGUGCUCAGAGGAGGGCCAGCUGAAGACAAAUUACAAGUAAACGACAGGAUAGUGUCCGUGAACGGUGUCCCCCUAGAGAAUGUGGAGUACGCGCGGGCGGUGCAAGUGUUACGAGACUCCGGCGCAGCGGUCGCUCUCGUGGUCAAGAGACGAGCGCCCGCGCCGCCGCCCACCGCGCCGACCACCAUCAAGCUGGCGUUGACGAGGAACGGGAAGAAGGAAGACUUCGGAAUCGUCCUAGGCUGCAAGCUGUACGUGAAAGAGCUCACCAUGCGAGCUCGGGAGCAGCUGAACCAAGCUGGCCAGGGUCUCUGCGAAGGCGACGUGGUGACGAAGAUCAACAACAGCCCGGUCACCGACGCCAUGACCCUGAAGGAAGCCAGGAAACUUAUAGAGUCCUGCAAGGACAGAUUAAAUCUGGUUAUUACGAGAGAAUUGAUCAGGGAAGAAACGGUGACGAAUGGGAAUUAUCAGAACAACUACAAUAGUUUAGAAGCGACACCCCAUAACCAGUACUCAGGCGGGGAACAGAUCUCAUCAGCGUACUCAAGCAGUGGUCAAAACUUGUACGUCGCCGCGCCCGUCAGAGGCAGCGAAGGCAGACGAGGGCCCAUGUCGCACGAGGGCCACGACCAGCCGCCCAGACCGCCGCCUCCUAGGAACGAAGAUUAUUAUAGCAGCAGAAGACAGCUAUUCGAAGAAGAUGCAAUGGGAACACAAAGGAAUAAACCACCAAGCGAGCCAAGGUUAAUCAGCUUCCAAAAGGAGGGUUCAGUUGGCCUCAGACUUUGCGGAGGGAACAGGUCUGGCGUCUUUGUAUCAGGGGUGCAACCCACCAGUCCAGCGGCGUUGCAAGGGUUACAGCCGGCUGAUAAAAUUCUCAAGGUAAACGACAUGGAAAUGAAAGGCGUGACGCGGGAAGAGGCAGUGCUAUUCCUGCUGAGCUUGCAAGAGCGGAUCGACUUGAUCGUGCAGCAGUCGCCUGAAGAGUACAACGCGGUAGCCAGCGGGCAAAUGCCCGGCGAUUCGUUCCACAUAAAGACGCACUUCCACUACACGGAGCCGACAGACGGCGAGAUGUCGUUCCGAUGCGGCGACGUGUUUCACGUUGUGGACACGCUGCAUAACGGAACAGUUGGCGCUUGGCAGGUCUACAGGAUAGGUCGUAACAACCAAGAGGUGCAAAAAGGCACGAUCCCCAACAAAGCACGCGCCGAAGAACUGGCCACGGCUCAAUUCAACGCGACCAAGAAAGAGAUGUCAGGCAACGAUGGAAAACACAACUUCUUCCGGCGCCGACGGUCUACGCAUCGACGAAGCAAGAGCUUGGGCAAGGAACACUGGGACGAAGUGGUAUUAUCAGACAGCAUCAGCAAGUUCCCAGCGUACGAACGCGUGGUUCUGAAGCAGCCGGGCUUCGUGCGGCCUGCCAUAGUGCUGGGCGCGGUGGCGGACAUCGCGCGGGAGCGGCUCCUCAACGAGAGCCCGGACCAGUUCGCAUCGCCUAAAAUGGACAGCACCCUAGAAGACAGCAAAACCAAAUCCGGCGGCAUUAUUCGUCUGUCCAGCAUAAGGAGUAUCAUGGAGCGAGGGAAGCACGCUCUUCUGGACAUCACGCCUAACGCGGUGGACCGACUCAACUACGCCCAGUUCUACCCUAUAGUGAUAUUCCUGAAGGCUGACAACAAGCAUAUUAUUAAGCAGUUGAGAGCUGGUUUGCCCAAAUCCGCCCACAAAUCGUCCAAGAAGCUUCUCGAACAGUGCCAACACAUGGAACGCGUGUGGGGUCACGUGUUCACCCAUACCAUAACCCUCAGCGAAGCCAACCAGAACACCUGGUUCAAUAAGCUGGAAGAGCUCAUUCAGAUCACGCAGCAGCAGCAGCUUUGGGUGUCUGAGACCAAGAGGCCCGAGCCGUUGUCGGACGACUUUUUGUUCUCGAUGUCGUCGAGUACCGAGAACUGUAGACUGUCGUACGCGUCGAGUCCCGAAAGUGACUUGGAAGUGAGUCCGCCGCCGGCGCCGAGGCUCGUCAAGUCGUCUUCAGACCCGUCGAUCGCGACCACCCAGGACAACAUGGACCGAGAUGACGACAUGAACCACAUGGCCGACGCUGUGCCUCCACCCUACACGCAGGGUGGCUACGGCGACAGCAAGUACGGUUUCGCAACGGGUGGCUACGGCGACAGCAAGUACGGUUUCGCGGCGACCAACGGUUCGGAUCAAGCGCCUCCGUACCAUGGUAACGCGCCGCCUCUAUACGGGCCGGUGCCGGAGCUCCCGCCGCGAGGCCCGGCCGGACGCCCCGCCGGCGGGGUUUUGCUACCGGCGCCCCCGCCGGCGAGACCGCCGCAUUCUUUGAGACAUAAUCCGCAGAACCCCCGCCCCAGUGCCCAAGAGCGCCUCUUCGGGCCUCCCAAGGAGGGCGGUAGCGACGAGACCGCCACCUACACCGCCCGCCCUACCAGUAUGAUCAUCCAGCCCACGCAAGGACAGGGAUCCUUGGACCGGCAUCGACACCCUACGAAUCCGCAAAGUUCAUACGACGGCACCCCGUCGUACGACUACAGCAGUUCGAACAACGGCUCGGCGAUGGGCUCCUGCCGGCUGCCGCCUAACGCGCCCGACGACCUCAAAGUUGCUCCGCCUUCAGUUAAAAUGGAACCGCCUCCUCCGCCGAACCCGUCCGCUAUGUCGGCGCAGAGUCCGCAGCGAAAUUCGAAUUCCCACGAACACAACUCGCUCGAUUACAGAAAUAAUGAAAACAACUACAGGUCACCAGAGAACUACCGAAGUCCACAGCAGAACAGGCCUCCCCUAGUGAAUGGGAAUAGUCCUCACACUCCCAUGCACGCGCGAGGGCCGUCCCUCCCUAACGUGCCGUCUAACGAUCAUGCCAAAUAUAGUGGAAGAACAAAUUCGGCCUCCCAAGCUGAUUACACGGGCCGUGGAGGAGCGCCAGUCCCUCCAUACAAACCCGUGCCUCCGCCUAAACCGAAACACUAUCGGCCGCCUGACAACGGUCACCAUCCUAGGAACGGGAGCAUGGAGCCGGGCCCGCCGGCGGGGUCGCCGCGCGCGCCGGCCGCCUACCCGCCGCCGCACCACUACCAGCACCAGCACUCGCACUCGCAGCCGCACCGCCCGCACAACAACUACCAGCAGCAAAACAUGUACGGCGGUCAAAUGCCGCCGCAGUCGCCUCCGUACUCCGGGCCGCCAUCGCACCACCGCGCCAUCAACCUGCCCCAUAACCCUCAUCUUAUAGAUUUAGCUGGCAGCAGAGAGCAGAGAGGAUCUGCAUUCGAACUCUACAGGAAACCGCAACACAUGCACAACCUGAGUUCUGACGCCAUGAAUUCGAGCGUGGAGCGCGACGAGUCGUUCUCCCCAAAAACUAAAAAGAAACUAUCGAAAAAGCCAUCGUUCAUUAAAAACGCAGUUCUAGAUUUGUUCCGAUCCAAAUCGAAAAAUUCGCAAAAAGUCUCCAGGCAGAAGUCGCUUUGUGAAAGUGACUUGCAACAGAGACACUUGCCGAUGCUCAGACGCGAAAAAUCCGAUGUCAGCGAUCUGAGUAUACACAUGAGAAACCAACAAAUAAGAAAUCAGAUGUUGCAGCGAAGCAACUCGUCCUGCGAAAAGCCCGUUCUUAAGCCGAUACUAAAACGACAGAGUUCAUUCUGUAACGAACGAAAUGGGUCUAUCUGUACAGUCAGAGACUACGACGCCAAACCGGUCGUCAAGAACCUUAGAAGACAGAAUUCCAUGUGCGACAUUGAAACAGAACCGAAAGUUACCCCAUUGUUGCGUAGACAAAACUCUCUCAUAGAAUACAAUAGGAGAGGAAUCUACGGACAAACCUCAAGCUUUAACAUGAUUACCAAAAUAGAUCCCAUUUACCAAAGACAGCAGCAAAAACAUGAACCAUUCCACCCGACCCAGCCGCUACCUCCAGAACCGUUGUACCAAAGCAAAGAUCACCUCGUGUACGAUCCGAUUCCAAAGCCCAGAAGGACUUAUACCUCAUCGCUGUAUGAUACCUCCAGUGAAAAUCCUUAUGCUACUAGAUCUGAAGCGUCUAAUGCUAGCUUUGAAAACCCGUAUGGUAAUCGCCAGACGAUGGCGAUGCCCUUGAUGGAUCCACCUUAUGCUACUAGAGCCGAAUGUGUAAGAGAAAACCCGUAUGCCACAAGGGCUGAAUGUGCGAGGGAGAAUCCCUAUGCCACUAGAGCAGAUUGUACUAGAGAGAAUCCCUAUGCUACCAGGGCAGAAUGUAUGAGAGAGAAUCCAUACGCUACCCGAGCAGAAUGUGUGAGAGAAAGCCCAUAUGCCACUAGAAGUGAAUUGAUUUCAGAAAGCCCGUACGCUACAAAACAAGAAAUCAAUAAACAACAAACAGAAUCUCUUUACAGUGAAUCACCGUAUUCAAGUAAGGAGCAGAUGUUGAGACAGAGAAUGGUAUCCGAAAGUCCUUAUUCGACUAAAGAGGAGAUGCUACGACAGAGGUUUUCUGAAUCUCCGUAUAAUACAAAAGAGGAGUUGCUGAAGCAAAGAAUGGAUGGAACUUUUACAGCAAAGGAACCUCUGUAUGGUAAAAGAACAUACGAUCCUCCUCCGAGUACAUCUUGGUCAGAGAGUUCUUAUGCCGUGAGGCCGGAUAGGCGAUUGCAAACGCCUGUGAGUUUCCCAGGCAGGGUGUCACCUAUGAGCAAAUGUAUGAGUGAGCCUCCGUAUGCUUCCAGAACUGAAAUGAUGGCUCGACUUGGGCAAGCGGAGUCACCGUACGCCACACGAUCAGAGAUCAAGUCCAGCUGUUCUGAAAAUAAUUACAGUACUCAUCAGGAGUUGCCCGAUAUUAGACAUGAUAUACGGCCUGCUUCUGCAGAGUGCACGUAUGUUUCAAGGCAAGAAAUAUUAUCACAGAAAGCGGCUUUCCAAGCCAGUAAAGAGUCCAAUUAUGGUAGGCUAGAAGAGAAACUAGAGAUGAUAAAACAGAGAAAUCAAGCGAAGAAAGAUCUAAUUUAUCAGUCAAGGAAAGAAGCCAAUGAAAGCGACGCUGCUAAAAUGCGUGAGCCUUUGUAUGUUUCUAAACGAGAAUUAAAAGAGAGUGUAAUAUAUGAAUCGCAGCAAGAGGCUAAGGAUUUAUCUCAAACUCCUGCCCAAGAUGGUAGCGCAAGAAGUAGUCCUUAUGAGUUGAGCGAUGCAAACCAUUUAUCACGUCGUGAACCUCUGUAUCAAUCUAAAGCAGAAGCUCAAGAAGUGACAGAAAUUGAAACAUUCCAAGAGAUUGACUUCUCGACGUUGAGGUUGACUGAAUCUAAAACUGAUACAGAAAAACAAAACUCGUUGAAUGUGGAGACGAAAAUAUUAAAAGGGGAACCAAUGUAUGCCCCUAGAUUGCACGGUAAAGCUGAACACAUAUCAAACGCUUUGAAAGCGACCACGUCUUUACCUUACGAAUCUACCACAUCUAUGGAAACCCAUUACGCUUCUGAGUGUAGCAUGAAUUUUGAGAAUAAGCCACAAAGUACACCCUAUACAUCGCAAGAUUUUCAAGAACGCGCUGGCAAAUCUAAUAGAUCGGUGACGUUUUGUGAGAAAAUAGUAGAAAAGAGCGCUGAGACGAGUCAGGAGAACUCUGAAAACAUGUCUGCUAGUCAGAAUGAAACUACAGUUGUAAAUAACCAGAGUACGAUAGUGCUGGCUGAAGGGAAUGAUUCUGUAAAUAAAAGUGAAGUGGAACCAGAAGGUCCUCAUACCACUUGGGGUAUAUUUGACAGUGAAGGUGGAGUGUUGGAGGACAGACAAUGGGGAGUGUCAUUAAUUAUACCUCCGAAAGCGAUCGCUCCUGGCAUCAAGCAAAAAAUCUACUUUACCGUAUCAGACCCAAGACUGAGUCAACGAGUGGGGGGACCUCCCAUCGAUAUGGACAACGGUGAAGCGAUGCUGUCCCCUCUCGUGAUGUGCGGCCCGCAAGGCCUGGUGUUCCUCAGGCCUGUGACCCUCCGCCUCCCACACUGCGCCAACGCCGUCCCCUCCCUAGGCCUGACGAUCAAAGCGACCGACACAGAAGCACACCUCAGCACAGACUGGGACCAAAUUCAUAUUCCAGGAACGACGACUCUUAACACUGUCGCUGUAAAAGUGGAUCAUUUCUAAAUUGUUAAUUUUUAAUUGUAAAUGAAGAGCGUCUUCAUUAUUUAUUGUAUUUUACUUACGUCGUUAUUCGUCUUGUUUUUAGGAGUUGACCAACUGAAAUAUUGGUAAUCUGGACCUUGCAAAGGCCCUUGAAAACAGGUAGAUGUGAUACCUAAAUUGUGGUUGUUUAAAGAUUGUUGGUAAUUAUGAUUGCGGUCUUGUUAUUGUUUGCAAGUGAUGCAUUUUGAACCUUAAUAUCGAUGCCUUUUUAAAUAUAGUUUUGUAAAGUAUAUCUGGCUCGAAGGACCAGAUAGAAACUAAAAAUUCAUACAAAAAUAAACCCAUUUUAAAAAUGUGCAUUUAGUAACUUGCAUUUUGGUAGGCGUUGGAUGCUUUUCAAUAUUUGGCAUUGAUUCCCACCUAUUAAAAUUUAAAUUUUCUGCCUUCGUAGUUAGUGGUGCUAAUAUAAACUAAAAUCAUGAGUAGUUUUGGAACUACGUGAUGAAUCUCUUGUGAGCUUACUAAAGUGAUUUGUAUGAGAGAUUUUAACCGACUCCAAAAUGGAAGGUUAUAGAAUGACUGCUUGGAAUGUAGUAAUUUUUAAGCAAUGCCUUACCAUAAACUAGGUUAAACUUAGCUGUAGUUCUAUUAUGUUCAUAUUAUUGUAAUAAUAUUAAUAUUCAUUUUGUAUUUAGCAAUAAUGUGUAACGGAAUGUUAGUUAACAAAAUUUAAUAUUUUUUGUAUUUUGGCUUCCAUUUCCUUAUUGGAGUUGUUGUAGGAUUUGAAUUUUGAUUGAAAGAUCAUUGCAUGGUUGUAAUGUAUCGGAAAGAGUCAGUUACGGCGUAUACCUAUUCAGUAAUCACAUAAUGCGAUUAAUAUUGUAUAUUUUAUUGUUAUUAGCUGUAUGAUGAGUUUAUCUUUGACUCGCCCAUUAAAUUUUAUAUCAAUAA